AUGCCCGCGUACGGAAUCAAAGGGCCGUACUCCCGUGGUCAAGUCCACGUGUCUCCACGGCAUAUCCCGUCAAUUGGUCUCGACGUCAGGGUGCAACCCUACACUGACUCUACGCCCCGUGAUGUUCUAAUCCUCUCUCCCGUCUCAAGAAGUACACGACUCACUGCUCCACUCUUAUUCGACAUCUCUUGUAACGCCUCUCGGAUUCGCAAUUUCCCCACCAAGCACGUCUUGCGCUACACCAAGUCAAGUUAUGCCACAUUAAGCGGAGCAGCUGCGAGAGAGAUUCAAGCAGGCAGUGGGAGAGACAACGAGCUUGGCGUGGAUCAUCCAUGGCACGUACUCCCCUCCUUUAAUCGAAAGACCAUCAUUAUCACCGAUACCGUGUCUCGAGGGCGUGCACUCCGCCCUCCCCUCCUACCCCGUCGCGCGGUAUCGACUAUUACCUGCGCCAAGUCCCUGCAGCUCAGUUUCACGCCGCCAGUUUGUUUCGACAUGACGUAUCGAUGGCCGGCGAAAUACGUUCUGAAAAUUGCCAUCGUCAAGCGCGUUUUGAGCAUCUCUCCCGGCUAUACGACUCUUGGACAUGCCUACCAUCAUCAUCCUGAUACACUCUCAUUGACGCAGCUUUCAUCUGCAGUUCAGAAUAAGCGACCGUCGAGAGGCACGAUCAGCAAGAAUCCUUCACUUAUGCGAGCAGCGACUCCAACGAAUUUUGCUGGGGUAAUGGUCUUGACGAACAACUGA